GCUAGAGGUUACUGUACACUGUACACUGAUUACUGGCGGAGGCCAAGUUCAUUGUUGCUCACACACCGCUGCAUGUGACUGUCGUUCGCAGACCACAGACGGCAGCUGACACCUCUGCUCCUACACCAGCUUUUCUUAUCGCAUGGCUUUGUUUACUCUGCGCAUAUAUACGUGAGAGAAAGUCUGCCUGAAGCUGAGCGCAAAAACUGGAGAUGUACUGGUUCGAGCAAGGUCUGUGCGCCCUGCCAGCGUUCCUAGUCGUCUGGUCUUCCGCCACUUUCAUUAUUUGUUAUAUCAUCGCGAUUUACAGGCACGACGUCGAUGUAAUCUUCCCGUACAUAAGCGACACAGGUGUCAGCCCCCCAGAGAGCUGCAUUUUUGGUCUGAUGACUUUUAUUUCUGCAUGUGCAGGUGUGGGCACAAUUUAUGCCAGAUACAAGCACGUGGAAUUGCUGAGGGAGGACGCCACUAAUGUGAGCGCAUGCCUCAACAAAGCAGCGCUUUGGCUUGGUGUUAUCUCAUGUUUUGGCAUGUGCAUUGUUGCUACUUUCCAAGAAACAGUAGUGCAAAUAGUCCAUGAUAUUGGAGCAAUUCUGUUUUUUGUCUUUGGCAUUGUGUACAUGAUCCUCCAGUGUGUUAUAUCAUUCCGAGCCUAUCCCUAUGGGUCCUCCAAGAAUGUGUGUUGUGUGCGGGUCGCUAUCGCCUCCCUUGCUACUGUUGCAUUUGUACCCACUGUCAUCUGUGCAUUUUACGUGAAACAAACGGAGCUGCACAGACAAAAGCAUGACAAGGACUAUCCCUUCCAUGUAGCCAGUGCAGUAUGCGAGUGGAUUGUUGCCUUUACCUUUGUCUUCUUCUUCUUCACAUACAUUCAUGAUUUCAAGUUCUUUACCUUACGUGUGAAAGCAGAACUUGAGGAUUAGUCUUGUAACAUUUUGGGCCAGAAACAUUAAGAUAAAUAAGUAUUUACAUUUUAUGUAUGUAUCUUUAAUCCUGUCCAAUUUCCCCUGGCUGAAAUUUUGGUAGAAUACAGUAGAUACUUAAAAAUAUAUGUAUUUAUGCAUUUUGGUACAACUGGCUGUCUGUCAGGUGUGACAGAUGAAAAACUAUGCAAAUACUGUAUUAUUAAUUCGUUGUUUUUACACAAACUAUUUUCAAGUGUACUUAAUGUUGCCUGUUUACUUUGCACUUUGCUGUUGCCACACCAGCAUGACACAUUCUGUGAGAGCUCCGACUUUACAUAGGAGAAGUUCAUCACACAGAAGCACAUGAUCGGUGCACUCGGGGCUAAAUGACAAUACCACUCAGACCACUCAGUAUGUCUGUGGCUACUUGGCAGUCUGACCUGUCUUUGACUGACAGUAAAUGUGUACUAGUUGUUGGUUUUGUGCAGAGGUUUAUGAAUUCCCAGUUUUAUUGGAUGACCACAUUAUUGCAACAUCAAAUUAAGGAGGAAAAACUCCUGCUGUGGAUGCUCAGAUUCAGAGUUUUGGUUUCGGUAUUUGAAUCUGUCCUCUCCACAUUGUUGACUCAUGAAAAGUCCAACAUGGUGUUUCUGACUGAUAUGAGUUACUGUAUACUGUUCACGUUCUCAGUCAUGCUAGCAGACACUUCAAUAUCAUCUCUGGUGCUGCUACAAAUGUAGAUUUUCAUACAGGUAAUAGGAAUUAUGCUACUCUUUAGUAGGAAUUAUACAAUAUGAACCGAAAGUAAAGCUGGGAUUCUGGAGGUUCAUUCAAUAGGGCUUCUGGCUGGUUUUUCACUUGUAACCUUACAUUGUACGGUUUUAAUCUAGGCAGAAGUUUCUGGUACCAAGUAUGUAUCUUGUACUGUAUGGUAUGAGUCAUGGAUCAUUAUAGGUGUGCAAGUAAGGAUGUCAAACUUUAGACAACUUUGAUAUUAAAUGAGCUGGACCAAUGGAAUUACGUGAUAAAUAUGUAAAAUCAUAGAAAAGCUUUUGGUAAUUUAUUACCCAGACAGUCUUUGUCCAGUCCACUGUCAAAAGCUUGAAUUUAUAUAGACGACAGUGAAAAAACAGGAACUUGCUGUCAUUUCCUUGUUUAUCUAUUAAUUACUUUGGCGUAGUAUGUCUGACAAGCUCAAAAACAUAUCAGAAUACAGUUAAAAGUACAAAGUCUAUGCACUCCAUCACAUUUUCCAGACCUGCCGAGUGGCAAAUUGGAGUCUUUACCAGGCCGAUUCUGGCCCCAGGCCUUGUGUUUGACACCCCAUACAUAAAGGGUGUUGGACUACACCCAUCUUCCAAAAAUUGAUUUUAGCAGACGGGUGGGGUGAGGCGUUUGUGGCAUUGCCGCUGGUGUAAUCUGGCGUAAUUUAUUUAUUUACUUUUAGAUGUUUAGAGGAAAACAUCUAAAAUUGAGAGCCACCGUUUUAGCCAAAAAUCAGCAAAGUAAAAUCACUGGGAGGGCUGUAAAACUCUGAGAAAAAUGUGUGAUUUAGAGAUUGUUACAUAAAAGGAACAAGGGAAGAUAUUAACAAACUGGAAGGCUACUUGAAAGUUUCAUUACCUUUUAUCUCUCAGACAGAGAGAUACAUGCAAAACAUGCAAACUGAGAAAAGUGGUCAAGUUUCAGUGGAGCAGCAGGCACAUACUUCUGCUGAACUGCUCUCGACUGGAGCUGUUAAUGUGGAGCUGGAAUAAACGUACUGUACAUUAAAGAAAAAAAAAAGGAUCCUGCGCAGUGAUGUAUACAAGUUGUAACCAUUUCACUACAGGUACUGUUUUUAUAAGAAGGAAACGUUUUAUUUUUGUGUUUUAUCUGAACUACUUUUAUACUUUUGCUUAUAAAAUGAGGUACAACACAGAUUGUAAUGCAUUUGUGAUUUGAAAAAUAAAAGCACAUAUUUAAAA